AUGCCUGCACCGCCCGCGAAUAAGCGCGUCAAGAACAAGCGCAUAAGUCGCAACAUAAUCAUCGGCUCCGAAGCAUACAACCUCCCUCCUGUCGGCGAUCCCACACGCCCCAAAGGCAUCCCCGACGACCACACCAAGCGCUGGACUGUCUAUGUGCGCCAACCUCCCGGGGACCCUGACAUACGCGCCUGGCUCAACAAGGUGCAAUUCAAAAUCUUCAACACGUACGAGAACCCGCUCCGAACAUGCGAGUCCCCGCCCUUCGAAGUCACCGAGACGGGCUGGGGCGGCUUCAACAUCGACGUGCGGCUGCACUUCCAGCCCAUCAGCGGGGAGAAGGCGCAAUAUCGGCAGCACUUUUUGCAGCUGGAGAAGUACGGCGAUGAGAAGAUGCAGGCCAUGCAGGAGAGGACGGGGUGCGUGAGGAGCGAGUUCCUGGAGGUUGUGCAGUUCAACGAACCGACCGAGGCAUUGUUUGAGGCGCUCACGAGCGAGAGUCAGUGGGAUUAUCUUACUGCGGGCAUGAAGGGGGCGAAGAAGGCUGCGGCCAUGGCCGUGGGGCCAAACGGACGGCCGAAGAGGGGGUUUCCCAAUGGGGAGCGGACGGCCCAACUGCCAGAAAAGGGAGGGGAGGAUGUGCCCUUCAGUGGGGAAGGGGAGGAUGCAUUGAUUGCCUUGAUUAGGGAGAAGAUUGGGGUUGUGCAGAAGAGUCUGGAAGAGGAGACGAAGAAGAGGGAGGAGACGGAGAAGAGGUUGAAGGAUUUGAGGGCCGAGUUGGGGCAUGACGCUGCGCAGCAGGCGGCCCAGCAGGCGAGUGGUGAUCGGAGCCGUAGGCGUUAGACAUCGAUGCGUAGCUCCGAUUGCCAUUUGGAGGGGGAGAGUGAGGGCACGAAGCAGGAGCAGACGGAGGAGACCGGGUUGAUAGAGCGGGAUGACGGUUGGGUGAGGAGGGAGAAGACGGAGGAGCGGGCGGAAGUAGACUCGCAGUCCGAGGCGAGCUAUGAGGAAGAUUCCCCACGGACAGCCCGGUGGGCCAGUGGUAGCGGUGAUGGUCGGCGUGCUCGGAGCCCCUAUGAACUUAGGAGAGGGAGAGCAUCACAGAAGGCGUAUCAUCAGUACUUUGAGGGCGUUUGAGGUGUGCAUUUCCUUAGGCGUUAUUGCGUUAUUGGGAGGAUUGGAUGUCUAUGCCGCUGGGGGCUAGGUGCAUU